CAGCAUUAUACAAUCCUUAGAGCAUACUAACAUUCUCCCUAGUACUUCUUCCUCUCUCUUUCCCACAAAGCAUUCAUGUCCUUCUCAACAUUCUUAUUCUGAAUCUUGAUGAUCAUAUAGAUUUUCAAUAUGGGAACUCCAGUAAACAUUAUUGUUGGAUCACAUGUUUGGGCAGAAGAUCCUGAGGAUGCAUGGAUCGAUGGUGAAGUGAUAGAAAUCAAAGGGAAAGAUGCAAUCGUCAUCACCACAAAUGGGAAAAGAAUAGUCGCAGAUAUUUCCAGCAUAUAUCCAAAGGACACAGAAGCACCACCUGCAGGAGUUGACGACAUGACCAAAUUGGCUUACCUGCAUGAACCAGGAGUCUUACAUAACCUUGCUUGCCGGUUUACUCUAAAUGAGAUAUAUACUUACACUGGGAACAUUCUGAUAGCGGUGAAUCCAUUCCAAAGACUGCCGCAUUUGUAUGACAUUCACAUGAUGGAGCAGUAUAAAGGAGCUGCUUUUGGAGAGCUAAGUCCCCAUCUUUUUGCUGUGGCAGACACUUGUUUCAGAGCAAUGAUAAAUGAACAGGAAAGCCAGUCAAUUUUGGUAAGUGGGGAGAGCGGAGCUGGUAAAACAGAGACAACAAAGAUGCUCAUGAGAUACCUUGCAUUCAUGGGGGGCAGAUCAGGCACCGAAGGAAGAACUGUAGAACAACAAGUUUUGGAGUCAAACCCAGUCUUGGAAGCAUUUGGGAAUGCUAAAACGGUGAAAAACAACAAUUCCAGUCGUUUUGGCAAGUUCGUUGAGAUACAAUUUGAUAAGCAUGGAAAGAUCUCUGGAGCUGCAGUUCGUACUUACCUUCUUGAAAGGUCGCGUGUUUGCCAGGUUUCUGACCCAGAAAGAAACUAUCAUUGUUUUUAUAUGCUUUGUGCAGCACCGCCGGAGGAUGCUAAAAAAUUCAAGUUAGGGGAUCCAAGAACAUUCCACUAUUUAAACCAAUCCAACUGUUAUAAAGUGGCAAAUGUCGACGAUGCCAGAGAGUAUUUAGAAACCAGAAAUGCAAUGGAUAUUUUAGGAAUCAGCCAGGACGAGCAGGAUGCCAUAUUCCGUGUAGUAGCAGCAAUCCUCCAUCUUGGAAAUAUUGACUUCAUUAAAGGGAAAGAAGUUGAUUCUUCCAAACUCAAGGAUGAGAAAGCACGCUACCAUCUUCAAACUGCAGCAGAGUUACUAAUGUGCGAAGAGAAGGCACUGGAAGACUCACUUUGCAAGCGUGUCAUAGUGACUCCUGAUGGAAACAUUACAAAACCUCUGGACCCAGAUUCAGCUGCCUUGAGCCGUGAUGCCUUAGCUAAGACUGUUUACUCCAGGCUGUUUGAUUGGAUUGUGGAUAAGAUUAACAGUUCAAUUGGUCAAGAUCCCAGUGCGACAAGUAUAAUUGGAGUCCUUGAUAUUUAUGGCUUUGAAAGCUUCAAGAUUAACAGUUUUGAGCAGCUAUGCAUCAACCUAACAAAUGAGAAGUUGCAACAGCAUUUUAACCAGCAUGUAUUUAAGAUGGAGCAAGAAGAAUAUACAAGGGAGGAAAUAAAUUGGAGUUAUGUCGAGUUUGUAGAUAACCAGGAUGUUCUGGAUCUGAUUGAAAAGAAACCUGGGGGUAUAAUAGCCCUUCUUGAUGAGGCCUGCAUGUUUCCCAAGUCAACUCAUGAGACAUUUGCACAAAAGAUGUACCAGACAUACAAAGGACACAAACGAUUUAGCAAGCCAAAACUUGCCCGAACAGACUUCACAAUCAAUCACUAUGCUGGAGAUGUCACAUACCAAGCUGACCAAUUUCUUGAUAAAAAUAAGGAUUAUGUUGUAGCAGAACAUCAAGCCUUAUUAAAUGCUUCCAAGUGCCCUUUUGUUGCUAAUCUUUUCCCUCCAUUACCUGAAGAGACAUCAAAGCAAUCCAAGUUCUCUUCCAUUGGUACCCGAUUCAAGCAACAAUUACAAUCUCUAAUGGAGACACUGAACACAACAGAGCCACAUUAUAUCAGAUGUGUAAAGCCAAAUACAAUUUUAAAGCCUGGAAUCUUUGAGAACUUCAAUGUGUUAAACCAAUUAAGAUGUGGGGGUGUACUGGAGGCUAUUAGAAUAAGUUGUGCAGGAUAUCCGACAAAAAGAACAUUUGAUGAGUUUCUUGAUCGUUUUGGAAUGCUUGCUCCUGAUGUUCUAGAAGGGUGUGAUGAGAAAUCUGCGUGCAUCGCCAUCUUGGAGAGGAUGGGUUUAAAGGGUUAUCAGAUAGGGAAAACUAAGGUAUUCCUUAGAGCUGGGCAGAUGGCUGAGUUAGACGCAAGAAGAACUGAAGUAUUGGCUAACUCUGUAAGACGAAUCCAGAGACAAAUCCGGACACAUCUAACCAGAAAAGAGUUCAUUGCCCUACGGAGUGCUUCAAUAAAUAUGCAGAAACACUGGAGAGCACAACUUGCACGUAAGCAAUAUGAACAAAUGAGAGAAGAAGCAGCCUCUAUCCGGAUACAAAAAAAUAUCCGUGCUCAUACAGCAAGAAAAUUUUACAAAAACUUACAGACAUCAGCAUUAUAUAUUCAAACUGGAUUACGAGCAAUGGCAGCACAUGAUCAAUAUAGAUACAGAAGGAGGACAAAGGCUGCAACUACAAUUCAGACACAAUGGAGAAGGUUUAAAGCUCUUUCUGCUUAUAACCAGCAACAGAAAGCAACUCUUACACUUCAAUGUCUUUGGAGAGCAAAGGUAGCAAGGAAGGAGCUUAGAAAGCUGAGAAUGGCUGCAAGAGAAACAGGGGCACUUAAAGAAGCUAAGGACAAACUAGAGAAGCGUGUUGAAGAGCUAACAUGGAGACUGGAAUUUGAGAAGCACUUGAGGAUUGAUCUCGAAGAAGCUAAAGGGCAAGAAAUCUCAAAGUUACAAAAUCAAUUGCAUGACAUAGAAGGACAGCUGGAUGAAGCCUAUGCUGCAAUCAUCCAGGAGAAGGAAGCAGCAAAGUCAGCUAUAGAACAAGCCCCACCAGUCAUCAAAGAGGUGCCAGUUGUGGAUGACACCAAAUUACAGUUUCUUAGGGAUCAAAAUGAGGAACUCGAGGAUAAGAUAAGAGAGAUGGAGGAGAAAAUGGAGGAAUUUGAGGACAAGUGCAAUAAACUGGAAAAAGAAAGCAAUGUGAGACUAAGAGAAGCAGAGGAAGCACAGCUGAAAACAAUCCAACUCCAAGAGACCAUCGAAAGAUUAGAAAUAAACUUGUCCAACCUCGAAUCUGAGAAUCAGGUUCUACGCCAGCAGGCUCUGGUUGCAUCAACAAAUGAGGACCUCAGUGAAGAACUAGAAACCCUCAAACAUAAGAUAAAGGAUCUGGAAUCGGAGAAUGAGUUGCUCCGCAAACGACCAGCUGUUCUAGAGCAGAUAGUGACACCCGAAAGGAUUUUGUCUCAAGUCAAGAAUUUCAACAAUGGACACCAAAUAGAAGAAGAGCCUCAAACGGCAAAAGUACUGCCAUCCUCAUUCAGUACACAUUUUCACGAUUUGAAUACAAACUGUCAUGAGCCAGAACCUGUUGUCUCCCACUUAACUAAACAAAGAUCGCUAACAGACAGGCAGCAGGAAAAUCAUGAUGCACUUAUCAAAUGUCUAGUGGAAGAGAAGCAGUUUGAUAAGAACAGACCUGUUGCUGCCUGUGUUGUGUACAAGGCACUUCUUCAGUGGAGAUCUUUUGAAGCAGAGAAGACAAAUAUAUUUGAUAGGAUUAUUCACACAAUUAGAUCCUGUGUAGAGAGCCAAGAUGACAUUGAUAACCUAGCAUACUGGCUCUCAACAACUUCUACUCUUUUGUAUCUUCUCCAAAGUACACUUAAGGCAAACAACACACAGAAUGCAUCUGCACAGCGUAAUCGAAAUUCCCCGGCCACCUUAUUUGGUAGAAUGGCACAAGGAUUCCGGCCAUCUUCAAUGGGCAUAGGAUUAUCAAGCGGGUACAGUGGAAUGGUAGGAAAACCAAAAGAGCAACUAAAAGUGGAAGCCAAGUAUCCAGCACUUCUAUUUAAGCAACAUUUAACAGCAUAUGUUGAGAAGAUAUAUGGGCUGAUCCGUGAUAGUGUCAAGAAAGAGAUAAGUCCAUUCUUGAAUUUCUGCAUACAGGCGCCAAGAGCAAUGAGGGCUAGAUCAAUAAGAGGUUCAUCUAAAAAUAUCCAUUCAAAUAUCGUUGCAAGACAACAAGCAUCAAACAUACACUGGCAGAGCAUAGUUAAUAAGCUAGAUAUUACCUUGAGCAUAAUGUCAGAGAACAAUGUCCCUCCUGUAUUCACCAGGAAAAUUUUUAGUCAGGUCUUUUCAUUCAUAAAUGUACAGCUUUUUAACAGCUUAUUGCUUCGACGUGAGUGCUGCUCAUUUAGCAAUGGCGAAUACGUAAAGGCAGGUUUGCAAGAAUUGGACCAAUGGUGCAUCAAAGCAUCAGAUCAGUUUGCAGGAACAUCAUGGGGUGAACUCCAACACAUAAGGCAAGCUGUAGGGUUUCUGGUUUUGCAUCAAAAAGCACAAAAAUCUGUGGAUGGGAUCACAAAUGAAAUAUGCCCGAUGCUGAGCAUUCCGCAAAUAUAUCGCAUUGGGACUAUGUUCUGGGAUGAUAAAUAUGGAACACAGGGAUUAUCUCCAGAUGUAAGUUCUUUUUUUUCCCUUUUUUUUGCCGCAACCGUUGAGAGGGAUGAAAUGUCAACCAUUUUCAACGGAAGAGAUAUUCCGGUCAUUUGGUGCAAUUAGCCUAUCCGAUGUGGAAGCUCCACCGCUGCUACGUCAAAGAUCCGACUUCCAUUUCCUACUGCAAACCGCAGAUUCUCUUUAAUUUACUCAAAUGAGGUUAUGAAUGUGUUUCUCAGGGUGAAAGAAGAGAGAAUACGAGUGGCGAGUGGAGUGAGUGUUUGUUCUGUUUUGUUUUGUUUUGUUUGACUAUUAUUAUUAUUAUUUAUUUAUUUAUUUAUUUAAUCCUUUAUUA